AUAACAGUUGGAGCGGUUGGUACUAUUGUUCAUAAGGAUCAUCCAAAAAUUCACAGCAGAUUUACUGCUCACAGCAUCAGAAUUGGCAGUGCAAUAGCAGCGAUGCAGGCAGGGCUGUCAUUAGCACAAAUUUGUGCCAUAGGAGGCUGGAACUGUAAAGCACUUAAUAAAGUCUCUGAUCGAGCAAUAAUAAUGGGAGCUUGUCAACGAAGUGACAGGGCGAUCAUUAUU